GCUGCUGCUCUGUGGCUGUGGGGGGCUGAGGGACAGGAAUCAGGCCUGGGGGUCGUGUCGCUGAGGGGACCGGGGGCGGCAGUCCCACCGGAGCUGUGGCCUAGUAUACCGGGAGGGUCCGUGCCGCUGGGCGAGGGCCUCCCCUCCAUUACCUCCCCUCGCCCUUCCACGUCGAUGGUGGUGAAGUUGGCGGCGCCAGGGAGCGCAGGGCACCAGAUUGCCUCCCUUGCACCCAGCUCCUCUUGGGGCGCUUCACUGGCCCGCGCUCACGGACACCUGCGCCGCCGCCUCCUCUCGCCCGCUGAGACCACCCCUGGCAGCGGGCGGGGGAGGGGCUGCCCCUGCAGGGGCUGAGUCGAGGAGGGCCACGACGGGGACCAUAGGAGAGUAGGGCCAGACCAUUGUGAAGAUUAGAUGUCUGGAAAGCUACUGAAGAAUGAUACACUUUCUUAAUCCUCUUCACUACCUUCUGUAUUCUAACAAGAUUUCACUUUGAGAGAGACGUAGAGUUAACAGUCACUGAUUGUGCUGCUUCUUACCCCUUUACAAGGAAGUAGCCUAAAUAGCCAAGUUGCAAGGUACUACUGCUUCUUUUAAGGACCAUGCGUUUCAUAGGUGGCACUUGGAAAGAGAGAUAAUGACCACCUGUCUCCUUCAUCCUGGACACAUGAGAAAGUGUGUAGGCUUAGGAUUCUUGGACAUUCUGCCUCAACAACAAAGGAUAAAAGCCAUGAUGUGAUGGAUAAGCUGCACAAGUAAGAAAUACAGAUGUGGACUGCAGGCCUUCAAAAAAUAAUCGAGCUUGCUGAAGAUCAGUGCCAGAAGUUGGAAAUGUUGGAGAUGUUAAGAGGAAGAUAAAGAGCUUGGGGACCAUGAGGUAGCUCCAGUAGGGAUCAUCAAGAAGCCCAGAGUAUUAUUUCUGAAAUGACACCAUCUCUCACUGCUGCAACUACCUGACUGACUCUACUUUUGUAUAACAAAGGAGACACAAAAAAGUCUGGACUAUCAAUCAGGGGGAAGAUGAAAAGAAAUAAGAGGCAAACUUCAGGUCAGAAGUCAUAGGGUCUGAGAUGUUAAAAUUGAAGCUCAGAAUGAUGUCACCAACCUGGCGACAUAGGUAAUUCCUGACCUCACUCCCCCUCACAAGAACAGCUAAUAUCUAUUCAAGAAUAAAACUCCACUGAGAGAAUCCUAGAACAUGGGGGUGAGGCUGAAGCACCCACCUGCACCUCUGAGACCGAGACACACUGCAUUAGAAGGGGAGUAGUAACAUCUGAACACACCAACCCAAACAGACAGAGUCUUGCACCAUCACUACCACCACAUUUUAACACAAAGAAAUGCCACCGUACGUGGAUUCCCAGCAGGCUUAAAAAGAAAAGAGCGUUGAUCAGAUCUCAGACCCACUGAACGGGAUGACGGCCACAGCUACAGUGGAGACAACAAAAAUGAAGAAGAGUGCUCCCAAGGAAGAGAAGCAGCAGCCUAAGCAAGACAGCACAGAGCAGGGCACUGCUGAUUCUGAAGACUGGGUGAGCUCCGAGAGUGACCCUGAACAGAUGAGCCUUAAGAGCGGCAAUAGCAAUGAUACUAGCAGCAAACCUGGGGCUGUUCAGUUGAAGAAAAAGGAGAUUCCUCCCAAGCCACACCGCCAGCUCUGUAGGUCACCCUGCCUGGAUCGUCCGAGCUUCUCCCAGAGCAGCAUUCUGCAGGAUGGGAAGCUUGACUUGGAAAAGGAAUACCAAGCCAAGAUGGAUUUUGCUCUAAAGCUGGGCUAUGCAGAGGAACAGAUUCAAUCAGUGCUGAACAAGCUGGGCCCAGAGUCACUUAUUAAUGAUGUAUUGGCAGAGCUCGUCAGACUUGGAACCAGAGGUGAUUCGGAAGGGCAGGUCAACCCGAGCCUGUUCGUGCCCCGGGGAUCCAGCUCCAGAGAGAUUGCAAGCCCUGAACUGUCUCUUGAUGAUGAAAUAGAUAGCAGUGACAAUUUGAGGCCAAUUGUCAUCGAUGGAAGUAACGUGGCAAUGAGCCAUGGGAAUAAGGAAGAGUUCUCCUGCAGAGGAAUACAGCUUGCUGUGGACUGGUUUCUCGAUAAAGGCCAUAAGGAUAUUACCGUAUUUGUGCCUGCGUGGAGAAAGGAGCAAUCUCGACCUGAUACGCCCAUUACAGAUCAAGAUGUCCUACGAAAACUGGAGAAGGAAAAGAUUCUUGUCUUCACACCAUCCCGAAGGGUCCAAGGCAGGAGAGUUGUCUGCUACGAUGACCGCUUCAUAGUCAAGUUGGCUUUCGAUUCUGAUGGCAUCAUUGUAUCCAAUGAUAACUAUCGAGACCUUCAAGUCGAAAAACCAGAAUGGAAGAAGUUUAUAGAAGAGCGAUUGCUGAUGUAUUCUUUCGUGAAUGACAAAUUUAUGCCUCCAGAUGAUCCUUUAGGACGUCAUGGGCCAAGCCUCGAAAAUUUCUUAAGAAAGAGACCUGUUGUUCCCGAGCACAAGAAGCAGCCAUGUCCCUAUGGUAAAAAAUGCACGUACGGCCACAAGUGCAAAUACUACCAUCCAGAGCGGGCCAACCAGCCCCAGCGUUCAGUGGCUGACGAGCUCCGCAUCAGUGCCAAACUGUCCACAGUGAAAACCAUGAGCGAAGGUACCCUGGCCAAGUGUGGCGCGGGGCUGUCAAAUGCCAAAGGUGAGAUAACCUCAGAGGUCAAGCGGGUGGCCCCGAAGCGCCAAUCAGAUCCCAGUAUCCGGUCCGUGGCUGUGGAGCCUGAGGAAUGGGUGUCCAUUUCCCGUAAGCCUGAGGCCAGCUCUGUCCCCUCACUUGUGACUGCCCUCAGUGUCCCCACGAUUCCACCUCCCAAAAGCCAUGCAGUGGGUGCACUCAACACCCGUUCAGCCAGCAGCCCAGUGCCAGGAUCCUCUCAUUUCCCCCACCAGAAAUCCUCAUUGGAGCACAUGGCCAGCAUGCAGUACCCUCCCAUCCUGGUUACCAACAGCCAUGGGACCCCUAUUAGCUAUGCUGAGCAAUACCCAAAGUUUGAGUCCUUGGGGGACCACGGCUACUAUUCAAUGUUAGGCGACUUCUCCAAAAUGAACAUCAACAGCAUGCAUAACCGAGAGUACUACAUGGCUGAGGCAGACCGGGGGAUGUAUGCCAGGAGUCCCAGCCUCUGUCCUGACAGCCAUAUGAGCCAUACCAGGAACGACAACUAUUCCUCUUACAACAACCUGUACUUGGCUGUAGCUGAUGCCCAUCCUGAAGGCAGUUUGAAGCUGCAUCGCUCAGCAUCUCAAAACCGUCUUCAGCCUUUUCCCCAUGGUUACCAUGAAGCCUUAACGCGAGUACAGAGCUAUGGCCCAGAGGAUUCUAAGCAAGCCUCCCACAAGCAGUCAGUCCCCCACUUAGUGCUGCAUGCCCAGCACCCAGCAGCUGGAGCACGCUCCAGCUGUCCUGGAGACUACCCCAUGCCUCCCAAUAUCCAUCCUGGGGCAACCCCCCAGUCGGGACGUGCUCUGGUGAUGACUCGGAUGGACAGCAUUUCUGACUCCCGCCUCUAUGAGAGCAACCCCAUGAGGCAAAGACGACCUCCUCUGUGCCGGGAACAACACGCCAGCUGGGAUCCGCUGCCUUGUGCAGCCGAUUCCUAUGGCUACCACUCCUAUCCUCUGAGCAACAGCCUCAUGCAACCGUGCUAUGAGCCAGUCAUGGUACGCAGCGUGCCUGAAAAGAUGGAGCAGCUUUGGAGGAAUCCUUGGGUUGGAAUGUGCAAUGAUUCCAGGGAGCAUCUGAUCCCAGAACACCAGUAUCAGACCUACAAGAACCUCUGCAAUAUUUUCCCUUCCAACAUCGUGCUCUCAGUGAUGGAGAAGAAUCCCCACACAGCGGAUGCGCAGCAGCUGGCAGCCUUGAUUGUUUCUAAGCUUAGGGCUGCACGUUGAUGUGACAUUAAGACCUGUUCCUUUAUACAAAUAUGAAUACUAAUGCUAGUAGUGCACUAAUACUGUCAUAACAGUCACUAAUAAUUGUGUGUUGUUCUUUACAAGUUACAGAAUGUUUAUGUCUUUGAAGCACAUAACAACCCUGUGAGGUAAGUUGUACUAAUACCUUGUUUUCGAGACAAGGAAACUGAAGCUCAGUGAGAUUAAGCGAUUUGCCAAGGUCGUACUGCUAGCAAAUCAGGACCAAGUCAGGACUCCGCCCAAGUCCUGUGACUCCGAGGCUCACUCCCUUCUGCACUGUGCCAGGCAGAUCAUGAAGGACAAAACCCUGGCGGGGAGCUAAAUGCAAAGAACCCCAAGGGAUUCCAUUCUAAACCUUGUCAUAAUUACAUGUUUUAUAUUACAGAGUGUUGAUCAUAUAUCUAAUUUAGAGAACCUUGGGAUCAGGUAAUAGGUAGAAUUAAUCUUUUAGAAUUUUUAAUGGGAAUAGUUAAAGCUAUUUCAAAGCAAAUGCAUAUUUUAUUGCAUGGAUAUCUAACCGUUUAUUUACUGUCUUUACUAACCAAGCUAUAGGGUCAUAGUGAAGCUUUUAGAGUUAUAUUUCAAACCUAUUGCUAGGAAUUAGACCGCAUGUAUGAGUGUAUGUAUUUAGCUUGAGAUGUGUGUGUACCUCUGUAUAACUUUUUACACAGUGAUGAUAAGAUAGGCUCUACACAGACCUUAGUCUACAGCUAAAUAGAUCACAAAUCUGACUUGAUGAUUUUAUGCCACAUUUCCUAGUUUCCACUAGUUUUGAAAGUGAAAUCACAUACCAGUAUUUGAGCAUCGCUUUCUUAAACACCAGAGCAAACUAGCUCUAUUUCCUUUGCACUUUUCUACUUGUCAACAUUUAUUGACAGUUCUUAGCUUUUAAGCCUCUUCACCUCAACCAAUUACGGAUCAGAUUGCAGCCUUUUUCUGCAGAGUCGCUGAUGGAUAAUAAGCGCAACUCCCAAGCAUUGUAGAUGUGUGCUACACAGGCACGGGAAGAGUUUGACCGGCACCAAGGAAUUCACUACCAGAGAGAUGGCCAAACUCACGCGGCAUUCCACGGUGAACACCAAAGCUGCACUCAAGGAGGGCCUCCCGGACGAGCUUUGGACUUCUGAUCUAUGCAGUAUUCAACAUCACAGGAUGAAAUGUCAUGGAGGACAGUGCACAGCCAUGCAAUCCUCUCUCUCCUGCUGGCCAGUCUCUGGGCAAUGAAGUCAAUUAGCGGUGGAGCAAAAUUUCUUUAGGCAACAAAACCAGGGGAUUUUCUAGAUAGGAAAAUGUAGCUCCCACAAGGAGACGCUACAUCUUUUCCAAUAGCUGGCUUAGUUAUGCACUUCAAAUACACACUCCAAGAGCGUGAACUUGCCCUUAGAUAAUUCUUAAAUGCAUUACUAAAGAUGGCAGGACUUGGGGUUGAAUGGCAUCAUUUGCACAACUAGUAACUUGCUCAGGGUGGGAACCUUUGUAAUUAAACGCCUCUAGAAAAGGCAUUUUUUGUUUUUUUUUAAAGCUGCACUAAAUGAACCCCCUUUUUGAAUCCACUGUAUAUUUCAGCAUUUUGAACCAUGACCAGCUCACUAUGUACUGAGCUGGCACUUGCUAAUUUCUAUGAUCGUUUUUUCAUGAAAGUUGAGAAGGCCCGGCCUUGGCCUUUCGUUUCUUCAUGAGAAGGUGUGACACUGCCUAUAAAUGUUUCUUACUCUGAAACACUCCGAAUGUGAGGCUGUAGUCAGGGUUGUUUCUGGUGGUUUGAUCAUGGCUUGCAUGUUGCUUUCUGGCUUUCUGUCUCUGUCCUGAUCAAAACUGCACCUCACCCAACGUUUCUCUCGCGUCCGCCACAGCUUCACGUUCAUGUCCCACCCUCUGAUCUCCCCAUGCCCCGGCAUUUUUACUGAGGUGUAAAAGUGUUUUCAUGUCAUGUAGGUCCAUAGACAGUAGCAGUUCCCGCUCAAGUUCCCAUUUCAUUGUUUCAACUUCUUGGAUCUUCUAAGUCUGUCCUAUUGUGUAAAUCAGGGUAUUUGACAAUCUGAGGGAACUCUGCUGAUUCUGUGCCACUUAGUUCCCCUUCCUCCCAAAAUCAUCAACGACAUCACAGUCUCCGCUACCUGCACAAUUUACCGGGAAGCACAAGGUUAAUCUUGUCAGCCGCAGUUCAUCUUGAACACGUUCAUGUUUAGUGCUCACAAAAUCGUACGCUCCUCCCAAUGCAGGACAUCUUUUUUAAGGCAGAAUAUGUAGUUCUUAUUUCCUAAAGAACAACUGUCAUUCUCUUCUCAUAAAAUGUGUAUGAACCAAAGCUGCUGGGAGCAAUGCCUCAAAUAACCAGAAAUGACCUUCUGUUGAUACAAAUUGUAUCUCCUUUUUUUCCUGACUGUAUAGUAAGUAACAAAUGUACAAAACUCAUCUUAAACCAGGUUUGGUACUGACUUUCCCCAUGAUGUCUGUGGCACUGUGUGCCACAGGGAAGUAGCCCAGGGGUUGCGAGAGAGCUUUAAUUUCCAAAGGGCGGUAGUAGUUCAUAGACAAAGACAGUUUUUCAAGGCCUCUUUAUUACAAUGUGCACAGCUAUUGUGUAUACAGUUUCAAGCAUUAUAUUGCAAUAAGUUCUCUUUAGCCUAUUCAAUUGAAUAUGCCCUUGCAAAAGGGAUUUUGUAUAAAAAGUGUCAGUGUUAGUGAAUCAUCUGCAAGAAUCUAUAAAUGGAGCCGUACACUUAUGAAUGCAUAAACCCAGCUUGGUUUUUAGUGAAGUUUUUAGAGACACAUUUUCCUUAUAUUGAGGUCUGCACAGCUCUCGACUUUUCCAUUUUGUCUGUAACUAUACAACAGCAAAUACAAAGAAGCAUGGGGACCCCCUCGCUUCCUUGAUAAUGAAAUCAAGCUUCCUUCCUGGGACUAAGUGGGUGUCCUUCCGGAUACUUACCUCAAAGCACUCAGCAGGGGACUGCACAGUGUUUCGUGACAGGUUUUCAAGUGGCAGUAUAUUUUGCAAGAGGUGCUUUGCGACUUUAAUUCUUUCACUGAAUUUCUGAACUCAUGGGAAGUCUCUGCUGGUUCAGACCUUAGGUUUUGUGGAUUUUGUGAUUCCGUUGUUGUUUCAUUUCGACCUGAGGAAGUGUGACUCUGCAGUGGCGUGUUCUAUCCAGCGAGCCUUUUCAAAGGCAACAUAUAGCCAUUGCACUCUCUUAAGGUGCAAGGUAUGGAAGGGAGAAUGACAGAGAUGCCUUAUGGAAAUGGUCUCUGAAACUUUUCUUCAAAGUAAUAUUCUCUCUCUCUCUCUCUCUCUCUCUCUCUCUCUCUCUCUCUGCCAGUUUCUGGGAGAAUACUUUUAAAUCCCAUUUUUUCUAUUGUAGAAUAAAUGAUCUUUAUACAAUAUUCAAACAUGGAUAUCCAUUAAUCUCUAGCACGGGGUUUUCUUCUAGCAUAAAAUAAUUCAUUCUGAGAGGCACGAGGCACCAUUCUAUCUAUGCUGUACAAUUGCCCGUUUUGAGGGCCCAGGAUUUUAAUACACUUACUUUUACUCUGGGAACCAGGUCUGGAACUGCACAGGGAAAGUCAUGUCAGGCUGUCCAAAGAGUCCUGCUCAGGUCGCCCCCUAACCCGUCUCUGCCUCGUCCUCCUUUGCUUCUCCUCAGGCCUGACACCGAGGAGCACAGUCUUCAAGUACAGUCACGAUGCAGUUAGUUCUCAUUGGAAACCAAACCAGUAUAUUUUGGGAAAACUUGCUGGCCUACAGUAGCCGAUGCCUUUGAAGACUCACACUAUUCAAUAUCUAUCACAUUGUAGCUAGCUAUAUACAUAGGCAGAUUGACUAUUUUUAAUCCUGGUUUGUGAAUCAAGGAGCUAUAGUAGUUUGCUUUAUCUACUUGUGGGAUUAAACAAUACUGUUUAAUGGUUGUAAACUCUUAUAAAACCUCUUUGGGUUUUUUGUUUGACCCAAACAUAAUGUAAGUCUCAAUGACAAAAUAUACGAAGCCAACCAGAGGUGAGUGAAAACAUAUUCCGUCCCCAACUUUGUCUGCUCCUAUAGUGCACGCGUACUGCUUUGCAACAUGUUCUUUCUAGCAUGAAUGUGCUCUGACUACUUCACGAGGUUUUAAUUUGCUUCACUUAUAAUAGCGAUGGAAAUGCUGUAUCAUUUACAACAAUGAAC